AUGACAGGGAUACGAUCACGAAAAGGUUGUGGUGAGUGCAGAAAACGAAGGCGCAAGUGUGACGAAGUGAAGCCGAGAUGCGGUCAAUGCGUCUCGAAUCAUCGGAGCUGCAAAUAUGAGCUGAGGCUUGUUUGGAGUCCGGGAGUACAGAAUAGGCUAGGUUUCAGCGGCACCUUGAAACUUGACCCAGAACAGGACAGCUCCGUAUCAUUGAUACCUGAGUCCCUUCCAAAUGGUUUAGCGCUCCCAAGGCGAUACAAGAAGCUGCUGCAUCACUUUGCUGAAGGGGUUCUGGCAUCAUUGUCCAGCCAUCCGACCAUUCACGAUGACUUUCGUCGUGGCCUCAUGCCCACCAUGCUUGAAUCUCCUCACCUCCUGUCUGCCAGUCUUGCAUUAUCGGCUGCGAGCUUUGAGUCAAGAGGUAUGAAAGAAGUCGAAGGAACAAGCACAUCUCGAAUAAUGGAGCACCUGCAGUCUUCGGGUUUGCCAUUGUUGAGAUCAGCACUGGCACAAGGACAACAGAGCGAGAUUCUCAUCGCAACAUGUCUGAUCUGGUGUCUGGCGGACGUCUUUUCCGGUCAACAGGGAAUGUUCAGGUGGCCAAUACACUUACAGGGCAUCAAAGCUCUUCUUCACGGUAGUCGGGAUUAUCAAAGAUUCGUUACGGGAGAUAUGGCUUUGAGAUCCGCUAUGAAGCACCUCUUCAUGCUUUAUCGGAGUUUAGAGACUCUGCCUCACGUACCGACCAUAACAUCUGGAAAGGUCAACUUCGUUGUUAGCUCGAAUGCAGAGUAUAGCCACCAGAUCGAUGGAUUCCUGGGAUAUAGCGAAGAACUCCUCGACAUAUUACAACAGAUCAAUGCAUCAACGCCAGGAUCUGGGUCGGAAACAUCCGCUGCAGAUGCGGAUGCCCUACUCGGCAAGCUCAACGCUAUGAUUAGGCGCGAUGUUAAGUCUCCACCUGGCGUCUCGAUCUCCUCACUUUCAUCACAAUCAGGUCGCGACUUUGCACUUUGCAACAAAGUCUUCCAACAGGCUACAUUGAUACAGCUAUAUCGACAGUUAUACGACUUGCCCUCAUCUUCGCAACCUAUACAGGGUGCUAUUCAGACUAUCAACGGAAUGAUUAGCAACAUGGCGCAAGGCGAGCCAUGUAACACCUGGGUUGCAAUGGCCAUGCCUCUGUUCACUGUUGGCUGCGAGGCCUACAAAGAGGAGCAGAAGGCUUUCAUCCUUGAUAAGAUACACAAACUUGAGAUUUGUAUCGGGUCGUUACACGUCAAGGUGAUUGAGCAGGCGCUCAAAGACAUUUGGAAAAUCAGAGAGGAUUGCAACGAUUUUGAGGGGAAUUUAUGUGCUAGCCACUUGCUUGAAAAGUUGUCAUAUAAUAUUGUUUUGUUUUGA